CACGUUAGGUUGGAAGCUCCGCUUUCAUUCGGUCUACGCAGAUAAAUCGCUCUUGAUGGUGGGGAUGGGGGUCUGGUGAGGGGAUGCGGAGACCCCCAGGAGUUGACGGGGACUACAUUUCCCAAAAUGUUGCGCGCUGGGCUUCGUUCCGCGCUGAGUAGAGACCGGUGAUUGAGAUCUUCCCUGUCGUUUAGAAGAGGGUGCUGGGAGUGCUGUGAGCAGAGAGGAAAAACAGAAUCAAGCGGAGGGCAAUAGAAUUCCAGAGCUGCAUAUCCCUUUGGACCUGAUGGAUAAAGAAAGGAGCCAUAUGCCUCUUAGUCAUAAAAAGAGAACAUUCGAAGGACCAUUCAAGCAAAUACGUCUAAGCCACUGAGAUAUUGUUAAUUGGCGAAGACAGAUGCAGAGAGGAGCUCAGACAGAAGGAGCUGAGAUUUUCUAUUCCUCAUCUGAAGGUGCCUGGGUUCCAGGAGAUCCACCCCGGAAACCUGGCCAAUUAGCUGUCGAUGUCGCUCAAGAUCAAAACACCACCUAUAAAGAAACUAAUGCUGAGAGAAGUUAAAUAAUAUGCUCAAGGACAUACAAGUUAUAUGGCAGAGCUGGGAUUCCCUUCAGUAAUUCAACUUUAUGUCCUAAACCUUAAUCAUUAUGUUCCUGGAUACGCAGUACUUCCUAACACAGGUGCCUUUGUACCUAAGAGACAGUCAUGAACAGAAUUUGCAAUGGAAAUACACUGGAGGAAACACACUGGAGGAAAAUACACAUUCUCUGAAAUUUGAAGCCAAAGAAAAGCUUCCAGAGAAAGAAAAUGAGAAAGUCUCAAGAAUUAAAUGGAGUUGUCAUAAAAAAAGAGAGAAGGGCAGAAAGAGAGACAUUCUGCAAGUACAAGGCAUGGAAAUAAGAGCCAGCUCUGCAUAUUCAACGACCGUCAAAAACUAAACCCUGGUAGGAAAAGGUUAAGAUCUCAAGGAAGACAAGACUUGGGCCAAGGCAGAUUGAGGGGAGAUGUCAAUACUCAGAGAAACCACAGCCACAGAAUUAUAAGGACUUGAAGAUAUGACUUUGUAUGACAUUUACCUGGAUUUACCCUUCUGUCAAAGUGACUGCAGUGAUCUGAUUUCACAAAGGCUGAGCAGCUUCAGGAUCUGCUCACUCGAUUUGCACAUCUUCACUGUUUCCUCGAUGUCUUCUGUCGGGACUUUCUUCCCGGGCAAGCUUUGCAUUAAGAUUCGAAGCUGCUCGAAGAGAGACACUGCAGAAGAGAUUGGGAAGUGGAGGCAGUGAGAAUAAAACCACAUCUGAACAGCAUCUCCACCAUUACUUGAUAAAAACUUUUUCAGUCCAACAAUAAUUCCCAAAGGGAAACAUCAUCCAUACAACAAACAGGGGGCUUUAGAUGACGUCUCAUUCGAGAAGAAUCCAUCUGGACAUCUUUUGCAAACUGUAUUUCGCUCUGGAGUUCCUACAGAAAACACCAAGCCAUUUAGCACAUUCUUCUCCAAUACUCUCACAACAGAUACCAUCUUCACAGAGUUUUGGUAGUGCUGUCCAUGGGAACAGAAGUGGUGUCCAUGUUUUCCAUUCUGUCCCUAGUGCCUAAGGGGCAUGCCUGGUACAAAGGACUCAAUAGGCGUAAUGCUGCUAGUUCUUAGAACUACAUCCUGGUGUUUACAAAAGGGCAUUUGGACUCUUCAUGUAUUCAGAGUCUGGGUCUGGACAUCGACAGUCGUCCUACCGCUGAAGUCUGUGCCACACACACAAUUUCACCAGGACCCAAAGGAGAUGAUGGUGAAAAAGGAGAUACAGGAGAGGAGGGAAAGCAUGGCAAAGUGGGACGCAUGGGGCCAAAAGGAAUUAAGGGUGAACUGGGUGAUAUAGGAGACCAGGGCAACAUUGGCAAGACUGGGCCCAUUGGCAAGAAGGGUGACAAAGGAGAAAAGGGUUUGCCUGGGAUGCCUGGAGAAAAAGGCAAAGCAGGUACUGUCUGUGACUGCGGAAGAUACCGGAAAGUUGUUGGACAACUGGAUAUCAGUGUGGCUCGCCUGAAGACAUCGAUGAAGUUUGUCAAGAAUGUCAUAGCAGGGAUUCGGGAAACCGAAGAGAAAUUCUACUACAUCGUGCAGGAGGAGAAGAACUACAGGGAAUCCCUGACCCACUGCCGGAUCCGGGGCGGGAUGUUAGCCAUGCCAAAGGACGAAGCUGCCAACACGCUCCUCGCUGACUACGUCUCCAAGAGCGGCUUCUUCCGAGUGUUCAUCGGGGUAAACGACCUGGAGAGGGAGGGCCAGUACGUGUUCACAGACAACACGCCACUGCAGAACUACAGCAACUGGCAGGAGGGUGAGCCCAGCGACCCCUACGGUCACGAGGACUGUGUGGAAAUGCUGAGCUCGGGCAGAUGGAAUGACACGGAGUGCCACCUGACCAUGUACUUUGUCUGUGAGUUUGUCAAGAAGAAAAAGUAACUUCCCUCUUGAGACACAUUUCUCCUUUCCCUGUGACAACCGUGGCAGUUAUUUUUAAUCCACCUUUUUCUAAUUACACUAAAUUUGUUCUGACUCAAGGCAAGUGGAACAUGCUAGACUGGGGCUUGGAAUCUCCACUGCCAUGCGUGUCCGUGACGAUUUUCAACAUUUCCAUACAUGGUGUGAUAUUGAGCCAUAAGCUCACCAGGCUCUGGGUCCCGAGAGCUUGUGCAGGAGGUGGUGGUCUGUGUCUCAAAUGAAAUGUUCUCUUGGCAUUUUCUCUGCUGCAUCUUCCUAGAUCCCUGAACCAUUGUCUGUCUAGCCCAGUGGAUAAUUGGACAGUUGGUUGGAGCUCAUCUUUUUUUGCCCAAAGCCAGACUGAUGAAAUCCCUUCUAAUAGAAAUGAAAAGGUGUUAUCUGUCUUUGAACCCAAGAUCCACAAUUCUUCGACCAGUCACCCACCAUGGCCAUGGCCACACUUGCAAGGUCCUCUUGUUUGCAUAGACAUAGAAAUACUUGGAACUUCUGGCCUAGUGACCUGCUUCAGACCAUGUGGAAUCAGACAGACAACUCUUGUGCUUCUGAUUGACAGCCUUCACUGACUGAAGUUUAAAAGCCAUAGCCCCUUUAUCUAGGCCCACAUCUUAAUCCCAGGCCUUCAGAUAGUACCUUUCUGAGCUGAGGAAAAGGGAACUCUAGAAAUCAAAAAGAAAAGAAAAAGAGAAGGUUAGUUCCCACGCAGUAUUAUUGAUAAUCCUCCUGUGAAAGUCCCCCCUUCUAUUGAUAUGGCUCCAUUUUUUCCUUGUCCUAGGUUUAUCCAUAGCAAUUUUCAUUCCUUAAGGGAUGGAGAGUGAGGGAAGGGGUUUGUGAAGCCUUCAGAAAACUCUCGAAGCUUCAAGGUGCUACCAACACCGAGACUCUCAGACCCUCCUCUGCCUCUAAUAUAUCACUCAUGGUGACAUUUUGUGGGAAGCCCUUUAUUCUCCAUUACUCUACAUUGUUAUAACCUCACAGCAGUGGUGUUUUCAAGUCUUCUGACAGCACAGGAACGUGUCAAGUGGGGAGUUUGGAACAUGCCUAGGACUCACAUUUACUAAGCUGGUAAAACUCUGCUUUAAAUGGCAGUUCAAACCUCAAAGCAGCUCUCAUUUCAAAUUUUAAAAUAAAAGUUCAACAAACCCCUAGAUUAUCCCCUUUUAAACUGCUGCUCCAGUUAUAGUUGGUGACAUAUAAUUAGACUGUUUAAAAUGCUGGCAAAACAGAUAAUGAAGUAAGAGAAACAGAUCAACAACAUAUGUUCACCUUAAACCAUCUGUCCAUGAUUUCAACCAUGACUAACUGGUUAUGAGAUAGGAUUUAAUUAGGUUAUUUCUGUGAGUUUAUCAAGGGUCACAAGCUCAGGUCCUACGGGGCUAAGCAGAUGACAUAAAUAAGUGAAGUGGAGCAGGUGGGGAUCCUGGUAUGGUGAGCACACCUUGCCCUGCUAAGGGAACCAGCUGCUUCUUUGUCACUGCUGUUUUUACCAUGGAGGACCCAGUGUCGUUGCAUGUUCUGCCAUUUAAGGGAAGUCAGAAAGCUGGAACUUUCUUAUAAAGUUGUAAGUAUCUUAUAUACCCUUAUAUUUUUAAAUAUUGGCAGUGAAUCAAUUCUUAAUCCAAAUUCUAAGCCAUACAAAACAGUCUGCUAGCCAAAAUUGUGCACUUUCCACUUCUCACCUCUGGGGAGAAGUUCGGAAGCUUCUAACCAUGUUGUGUGUCAUUAGGAGGCAAUGACAUCAACAUCAAGGUCUUCCAUCCAUAGCUCCGUCAAUUCAGCUCAAUAGCAGGAAUCCAGUUGAUGUUUGCCAUUCAUCAGGUUAAUUCAGACUUUUGAGAAUAUGGCGUAUUUUGAAGGCAGGGUGGUUUAAUCAAAAUUACAAAGCAGAACACCAUACCAAGCCCGUGUUCUUGGGUGAAAUGCCAACCAAGAGCUUGGGGAACAAGAAUCUGGAAACACUUAGAGUGAAGGGGACACAAGAAGAGAAAAGAGGAGAGAGGGAACGGACCGCAAACAUUGCCUACGUGCAGCUCACAUUGGGAUCCUUAUUCAGAUUGGUUCUAAGCCCCUCAAGGACGAAUAUGAAUUGUGUACACUGUCAAUGCUAUUCUUAUCUCUGUUAUGAUCAUUAUAAUAAUACCAAUAUUUCUCUCAAUGA